AUGGGUUUCACCGACUUCGUUUCUGAGGCUGGCCUCACUGUUGCCAACAACUGGUUCGCCACCAGAAGCUACGUUAUUGGCGAUGCUCCUUCCCAGGCCGAUGUCGUGACCUUUAAGGCCUUCUCUGGCGCCCCUGACGCUGAGAAGUACCCUCACGUUGCCCGUUGGUACAAGCACAUCGCUUCCUACGAGGCUGAGUUCGGCUCCCUCCCUGGUGAUGCCUCUAAGGCCUACACCACCUACGGCCCCGAGGCCACUGAGCUCCCCACCAACCCUAAGGACAAGCCCGCCGACGAGGAUGACGACAUGGACCUCUUCGGCAGUGACGACGAGGAGGAGGACCCUGAGGUUGCCAGGAAGCAUGCAGAGAAUCUUGCUGCGUACAAGGCGAAGAAGGAGGCUAAGGGCCCUAAGCCCGCUGCCAAGUCCAUUGUCACUCUCGAUGUCAAGCCUUGGGAUGACGAGACCAACCUUGAGGAGAUGGAGGCCAACGUCCGUGCAAUCGAGAAGGACGGCCUUGUCUGGAGUGCCUCUAAGUGGGUUCCUAUUGGCUUCGGUAUUAAGAAGCUCCAGAUCAACCUUGUCGUUGAGGACGAGAAGGUCUCCCUUGAUGAGCUCCAAGAACAGAUCCAGGAGGACGAGGACCACGUCCAGUCCACUGAUAUCGCUGCUAUGCAGAAGCUGUAA